AUCACUCGGAUGGAGAAGCUACCUCUUUUCCUAAUCCUUUUCUCACUAGCCAUAUCCAUGGCCAUGGCCAUGGCCGACCGCAAUGAAGUAGAUGAAUGGUUUGGUAACCUCCAGCAUGCAAAGGAGAAGACCACCCGUCUCCACUUCUACUUCCACGACACAACCUCAGGCAAGAACCCGAGCGCAAGGCGCGUAGCUCAAGCCCCUUCAACUAACAAAUCCCCCACCCUCUUCGGCCUCAUAAACAUGAUGGACGACCCACUCACGGAAGGGCCCGAGGCGACUUCCAAGCUAGUGGGUCGUGGGCAGGGGCUGUAUGCCUCAUCUGGGUUGGAUGAGUUGAGCCUCCUCAUGGCCUGGAACGUAAUCUUCAAGAGUGGGGACUACAAUGGCAGCUCUCUAACCAUUCUCGGUCGAAACCCCACUACCCAUCCCUUCCGUGAGAUGUCCAUUGUGGGUGGCACUGGUGUUUUCCGGAUGGCCCGUGGAGUAGUGACUCUCAAGACAUAUUUCUUUAAUUCUAGUGCCGGUGUAGCUGUCGUUCAAGUUGAUGUUGUGGCUAUUCACUACUGAGUACCGAGUGAAGUGCAUGGAUGGUUGUUAGUUGUUUGUUUCAGUUCUCAGUGUCGGUUACUUUAAUAUGCCUCCUAGCUAUGAGGUACUUGGCUUUGUUUAAUUAUUGGACUAGUAAUCAAUACAAGAAGUAAUUGCAAUGGUUAUUUUGGAUGAA